AUGGCAUCUUCUUACCGAUGCCUCCUCGCUAGCCUUGCGCCCCAGUUCGUCUACCUGCUGCUUCUGACGGCGCCGCUUCUCCCGCACGCCCAUGGAGCAGCAGCAGGCGCGGCUAAAAGAAAAAUCUCGGCCGUCUUCGUGUUCGGCGACUCCACCGUCGAUUCCGGCAACAACAACAACAGGAUCACGGUGGCAAAGGCCAACUUCCCGCCCUACGGCCAGGACUUCCCCGGCGGGAAUGCAACCGGGAGGUUCUCCAACGGCAAGGUUCCUGGGGACAUAAUAGCUUCCAGGUUGGGAGUUAACGAACUAUUGCAACCGUACAUCAGAGAGGAUCUUGAGCUAGGUGACCUAGGCACUGGUGUUGUCUUUGCCUCAGGUGGCAGUGGAUACGAUCCUUUAACUUCGGUACUCACGGGUGCUACAUCAAGUACCGGACAGCUGGAGUUAUUCCAUGACUAUAAGGAGAGGCUAAAAGCUUUAGUCGGUGAAGAGGAGAUGACACGUGUUAUAUCUGAAGGCAUAUACUUCACGGUCUAUGGGGCAAAUGACUUCGCAAAUAAUUAUUUCUCACAAAUUCCUUUGAGGCGCUAUCAAUAUGACCUUCCUUCGUACAUAAGAUUUCUUGUUUCUUCGGCCGUCAACUUUACAAUGCAUUGGUCUUACUCUCAUGUACAUAAAUUAAAUGAGAUGGGUGCAAAUAGAAUUGGGUUCAUUGGCAUUCCACCAGUUGGAUGUUCUCCUUCACAAAGAGAGCUUGGAUCAACAGAAUGUUUCACCGAGGUCGCCGAAGGAUGUUGUGGCAGUACAGUGCUAGAUGUAGCAAUAUUCAUUAAAAAUCGUCCUGCAUGUCCAAAUGUUCACGAUUACAUUUUCUGGGACAGCUUCCAUCCUACUGAAGAGGCCUACAACAUUGUUGUUGAUAAACUCUUUCAGCAAAAUUUACGGGACCUGAUGUGA